CUUCAUCUUUAUCUUUGUCAACUAGAACUUGCUCGCUGUUUCCUCCUCCAGAUUCGUCUUCUUCAUCUUCAUCUUCCAAUGGAUACUACUGGUAUGUCUCAAUCUCUAUCAUUUAAUCUUUCUCCAAUUCCCAUUUCGCCGCAUUCCAACAACCACGACUUCAAUUCCCAUUUCACCAACCUCAACUCACUUCUCCUCUCUCCUCGCACUCAUCCACGAAAUCAAAUCCGCUCCCGUAAAAACCUCAAUUUGACCUUCGCAUCCUCUUCCAUCUCUCAAAUUGAAAACCCCCAAAAUUGGCUAAAACCCGCUGUCAAAGGCUCACCCAAAGUCGCAUCUAUCUUCAAAAACCUCUCCGUUCUCGAACGCGCCUUCAUCGGAGCCGGAGCCGGAGGAAUCGCAGGCGCAUUCACCUACGUCUGCCUGCAUCCACUCGACACUAUUAAGACCAAGCUCCAAACCAAAGGGGCUUCCGAAAUCUACACUGGAACAAUCGAUGCCAUUGUCAAGACAUUCCAAAGUAAGGGUAUUAAAGGAUUCUACAGCGGCGUAUCGGCUGUAAUUGUUGGAUCGACAGCUUCCUCCGCCGUCUAUUUCGGCACCUGCGAAUUCGGAAAAUCAAUUCUGUCCAAAGUACCGAGUUAUCCGGCUGUUUUGAUUCCUCCAACAGCAGGGGCAAUGGGAAAUAUCAUUUCGUCUGCGAUAAUGGUUCCAAAGGAAUUAAUAACGCAAAGAAUGCAAGCCGGCGCUAAGGGAAGAUCAUGGCAGGUUCUGUUAAGAAUAGUGGAGAAGGAUGGAAUCAUGGGUCUGUAUGCAGGCUAUUCAGCAACCUUAUUAAGAAACUUACCUGCUGGAGUUCUUAGUUAUUCUUCAUUUGAAUACUUAAAAGCUGCAAUUUUGAGCAAAACGAAUCAAGUGAAUUUAGAACCGUAUCAAAGUGUUUUCUGUGGUGCAUUAGCAGGAGCUAUAUCGGCUACCCUCACUACCCCAUUGGAUGUGGUGAAGACGAGGUUGAUGACUCAGAUUCCUGGGGACAUGAAUAAGGUAACAGCUGCAAUGUAUAGUGGGAUUUCAUCAACUUUGAAACAGAUAGUUAAGGAAGAAGGAUUGGUAGGAUUGACUCGAGGGAUGGGACCGAGGGUUCUCUAUAGUUCUUGCUUCUCGGCUUUGGGUUACUUUGCGUUUGAGACAGCUCGACUUACCAUUUUGCAUCAGUAUCUGAAGCAAAAGGAAGAGGCUGCAAGAAUUUCCAGCACUCCAAGUUGAUUCAUUUGGGGUGUUGGUGCUUCUGAGACUGAUCGCAGGGGAGGCUAGGAGGAUAGUAUUUAACAUGAUCAUGGUAACAAAUCAGUUGUUUUUUCUUGACCUAUGAUUGCCUUCAUUUGAUGGUUUUCAGUAUUUGACUUUCAUUAUUCUCCUAGGCAAUAGGCAUCCCUGUAUUCCAAUUAGAAGAUUAACCCAAAUGGCACUUUGGAAAGGAAUGGUUGUAGUUAGAUCAUAUUUGGGCUGUUUUUUUUGUUUGUUUGUUCAAGAUAGCACAACUAAAAUAAAGUCAAAUCCCAAGGACCCAAAGCUAGCAUAGUUUUUUUGGCUAUCAAUUUUAGUUUCUUGUGAAAUGUUCAACUAUUGGGAGUCAAAGAGUGAGAAGUUCUUU